AAUGCAAAGUUCCACCACCAAACCUAGAAAACAUUUAUCAUAUUUCUUUCUUCUAUUAUCCUUUGUAUCUCACAAAACAUCCUGCUUCCCAAUAAACUCAGUUCAUAGGACUGUUGGCAUAACAAAUAUAAGUUGUGCCACAGGACCUCUGACAUUGAGUAAAAAGAAGCAAUAAGAUGGAUAAGGUGCUAAAGGUGGUCUCAGAAAAUGGUGUGGUAAUCUUCAGCAAGAGCUCAUGUUGCCUAUGCUACAGCGUUAACAUUUUGUUCCAAGAACUCGGGGUUACCCCUUUCACCUAUGAGAUUGACAAAGACCCUGAUGGCAAAGAAAUGGAGAAGGCGAUCAUGAAGCUUGGUUGUAACACACCGGUGCCAGCAGUGUUCAUUGGUGGGCAGCUGAAGGGGUCCACCAACGAGAUCAUGUCGCUACACCUAAGGGGUGCUCUCAUCCCAUUGCUCAGGCCAUACCAGGGUUUUAACUAAUCAUAAUAUCAUAUUUUCUAUUGCUAGCUGCAGGGUCAAAAGAAAUCUUUAGGUGAAUAAAAGUUUAAUUAGAUCAACAUGACAGUUGUCUAAGUAGAUGGUCUAUGUUAUUUUACAUUUAGCUAGUGUUUCAGAUGGUUUAUGAGCAGCUAAUGCAUGUAAUAUUUCAUUGCAAUGAAAGUCAUCUUUAUUCUAUAUAAA